AUGGAUACGAUUGUGGCAGGUGCUGUUAAUUUGUGUAGCGGAAUAUAUGCUGCCGUUGGUCUUUUUGGAUAUGUUGCAUUUCAUGACAUAGAUUUGCAUGGUGAUAUUCUUCUUUAUUUAUCUUCUUCAUUUAUCACUCAAAUGAUUAAACUGGCGUUCAUGCUAUCGGUGGCCGUAAGCAUACCAUUAAUGUUAUUUCCUACUCGUAUCGCUUGCUAUAAUUUAUUUAUUCGUGGGAAUUUUGGUGAAUUUACUGUUACGAAAAUGAGUGGUAUGACAUUUUUCUUGCUCACAAUUAUUGUACUUUUCAGUAAUCUUUUGAUCGCGAUUGUCGUUCCUAAUGUUGAAUUUAUUCUUGGUUUGACUGGGGCAUUGAUUGGUUCAUUGGUUACAAUUGUAAUCCCAUCUUUGUUGUAUAUCACGGUUACUCCAUCAGCUUAUCAUAGCAAAGAUAAUAUGAAACUUUAUGCGAAAAUAUCGGUAUUGAUCGGUUUGUUAAUGCUUGUCGGCAGUACAUUUACAAUACUUCGCACAGAAAGGGAAACGAAUAUUUUUGAUGAAAUUAUGCCUAAGCAUAAGAACGUUACAAAGACCAAUUUUCCGAAAUUUGGACAUCCAGAAAAAGCGGUUGACAAAGAAACUGAAGCGACGGCUGAGGAACAAAAGCCAGUUCCAGUAUCUGGUUCGAAUGACAAGGAGAUGGAUAAACGAUUCGGAAAGAUUAAAAAAUUGCUUCCUUCGGACCUAACUGAUGAAAAGAUGGAUAAUCAGCGUAAAGAAUUAGUUGAGGAACCGCUGCAAGUCUCAUCUCCACAUCAAAUUCCGAGAAUUGAAGAGAUUAGAGAAACUGAAAAGUCGUCUCAGGCCUUACCUUUACCUAAGGUUGAAAAAAUUAAAAAAGUCGAAAAACCUAGUCGAACUCCGCUCUCAUCCCAUACUUCGGAAGGGAUGGUCGAAAAAUCGAUAACGGUUCCACCUAAAGUAUUAAAAUCAGAAUUAGAAGAACGAGGUGAAGGAAGGAAUGAAAAGGCUAAGAAAGUUCCAUCUGCACCACAAGUCCCUAACAGAGUUAAAAUGACUCAGAAUCCAUCAGAAACUCCACGCGAAGGAACGAAUGAAAAAAAAUUGGAAAUUCCACCUCAACCAUCCGAAACAAUUGGAAAAACACAGAAACCGGUUAAACCUCCAUUCAAAACAACGAAGACUAUGGAAAAAACCUCACAAAAAAUCAGGAUAUCUGAAAAUAACAAGACACAAAACGAAGAAAAAGAACCAGCACAGAAGAAGACAUAUGAUCAAAACGAGACCAAUUUAAAAAAAUCCAUUGAGAAAAAAAAAAUUUUACAACCAAAUGUGGGAACCAAAACUGUAUUUAAUGAUGGAACUAAACAGCAGAGGGAAACUGUGCAGCCACAUGUGGUUGACGAAAAAAUUGUGAGGUAA